UCAGCCUGUCCGCCUCCUUCGAGGCGCUCGCCAUCUACUUCCCGUGCAUGAACUCCUUCGACGAUGAGGACGCGGGGGACAGCCGGAGACUGAAGGGGGCCAUCCAGAGGAGCACAGAGACGGGCCUGGCGGUGGAGAUGCCCAGCCGGACGCUGCGCCAGGCCAGCCACGAGUCCAUCGAGGACAGCAUGAACAGCUACGGCUCGGAGGGCAACCUCAACUACGGAGGAGUUUGCCUGGCAUCGGACGCACAGUUCAGUGACUUCCUGGGCAGCAUGGGGCCAGCGCAGUUCGUGGGCCGCCAGACCCUGGCCACCACGCCGAUGGGGGAUGUGGAGAUCGGCCUGCAGGAGCGGAAUGGACAGCUGGAAGUGGACAUCAUCCAGGCACGAGGACUGACAGCCAAGCCAGGCUCCAAGACACUGCCAGCGGCCUACAUCAAGGCCUACCUGCUGGAGAAUGGUGUCUGCAUCGCCAAGAAAAAGACCAAAGUGGCUCGCAAGUCACUGGACCCUCUGUAUAACCAGGUGCUGCUGUUUCCUGAGAGUCCCCAGGGAAAGGUCCUGCAGGUGAUCGUGUGGGGGAACUAUGGACGGAUGGAGCGGAAGCAGUUCAUGGGAGUGGCCCGCGUGUUGCUGGAGGAGCUGGACUUGACCACCCUGGCCGUGGGCUGGUACAAGCUCUUCCCCACCUCCUCCAUGGUGGAUCCAGCCACGGGCCCCCUGCUCCGGCAGGCUUCCCAGCUGUCCCUCGAGAGCACAGUGGGGCCCUGUGGUGAGCGAUCUUAGUGCCGGGGAUGGGGAGGGGCUUCCCCACAUGGCCUGGAGACCACCCAGCCCCGGCCUGGGACCCCAGGCCCAGGGGCAUGUUGAACACAGGAGAAGGGGGUUCUCCCCCACAGCGGGGAAGUAGAACGGGGAGACCUGCCCCCCUUGGGCCCCUCCUCACCCCUUCUUUGCCUCCCACCCCCUGAGACCUUCCCUCUCCCAACGGGAUUGGCUGCACUUUUGACUUGGCCGGUUCUUGACUGGAGGAUGUGGCUGCGAUCGGAGAAAGGAAAGACUGAGGCGGCAGAGCAGACCACGUCCCGCCCCGGACAGCGUCCGGCCUCACCCCCUUUAUGCCUCCUCGGAAGCUCGCUGCCAGGAGCCGAGUCCAGAACCCAGCGGCCAUCUCCAUGGUGCCAAUUACCAGCAAGUGUCUUUCCUGUGGCACCGGGUUCAGGCAGCUACUCCUGCCCCAGAGCCAAGGGGGCAACUCUGCAAGGAUCCGGAGCCAGCUCCGGGGGGGCCCAGAGCCCCCCCACUUGAAGAGGAGCUCAGGCCUCCCUCCGCCUGCCCGUGGAAGCAGCUUUGCUGCAGCCUGUCUGAGUCCAUCUGACCGCCCUGUCCUGCCUGCCCCUCUUCCAGUGUCUGCAGGAAUUGGGGUCCAGCAGGGACCGGAGGACAGGAGACCUUGGGGUGCCCUGGUCUGGCGCAGACCCUCAAGGUGCCCUGCUCCGCGGGACAGCUAGCUUGGAAACACCUGGUGGGCAGACAGAACUCUGUUUGUGUUUUGGUGGAGGAGAUGCAGGACCUGGUUUUCCAGAACCCCAAGCUCAGAGAGCCACCACCUCUGCAUUUCGGGGUGUGGGUUGAAGAGGGAGUCUGCGGAAAGCUGAGAGUGGAAUUGGUGGUGCCAAGGUGAGGGUUCCCCAAAUAGGAGAACCCCUCCUUACUGAGUGAGGCCCAAGGUCAUCUCAUCUACACCGCCCUGCCUCCAGGCAGGGGUCAGGGGAAGCAGCAGUGCUUCCCAAUUUUAUUCUUUUUAAAGAAACCAUCCUGUACUAAGGGCAGCGCUCACCGGCCUGGCCUCAGUGACCUUGGCUCCAGGACAGAUGACGGCAGGAAGGAGGAGGUCUGAGUGCGAGAAGCGGAGGCUCCUUCUCAAGCCGGCUGGUAGCGGGCCCGGGUAGCCGCCCACUGGCCAGCGGGCCCUCCCUGGGGCUACGAAGCCCUUUUGCAUGCUGGGGAGGGUGCAGGCCGGCCCCUUUUAUAGAAGCACAUUUCUGCCACUUCCCUGGAGGCCCCAGCAGCCCACCGCCCCUCUGUAGCCAGUCCCUGCUGUGUAGGGCGUAGUCCAGGUUAGCUGGGUAGUUAGUGUCCCGAACCGGGGUCUGCUCUUAGCUCACACGUAGUUCCUACGGGGUCCCGGGUGGGGGUGCACAGGAGACUAGCACGCUCCAGAGAGGGGGCCCCUUGCUGGCCUGGCCCUGGGGCCUCCGCUGCCCUCCUCCGCCCCUUCUCCCUCACCUCCCUUCCCCUCCCCCCGCACCCCCCCCCAUGGGCUUGUAGCUGGAGCUGCCCAUUAUACUCAGAUGUUCUGAUUUAUUAUCCUUGGUACCGAUGUUACUUUCGAAGCACCCCUGAGGAUCGUAGCCUAGGUGGAGGGGCCCGGGCUUCACUGGGGGAGAUGGGUGGUCGUCUACUGAGGAGCCCCGGCGGUGGGUGACCCCACCUUAUUCAGGGGCCCACUCUAGGCUACUGACCAGGUGAUUCCACUGCCCUCCCGUGCUCCCGUUGAAGCCCUACGAGUCCUUUCAGGCUCUGCUUGGGGCCUGUCACCUCCAGGAGCUUCUUUUAUCCGUGAUGCCCCUUUUAUCCGGGAGGUCUGCAGAGCAUCCCGAGAGGGCUGGUGGGAUCCCAGAACUGGGGCAGGAGGGGGCAGGGCCCGAACGAGGCCUGGUAUCAGCCGCCAGAGCCCGCCCCUCCUCCCUCUGCUGUUUUCCAGUGUGAUUUCUCUGCUGUUCGUUUAUUACUCACCAUUGACUAUUUUGAGCCAGGAGAGCGCCUCCUCUCUGCAGUCAUCACUGCUCUGGUCGUUCAGGGUAGCUUUUCAGAGAUGGGGCAGAGCCUGGCUGUCCCCAGCAGAGGGAGAAGGGGGCUCUGCGCCCCCACCUGAGCCGACCCUCUGUGUCUGCACUGGCUUUAUAAACAGAGGAGGAGAGCGCUCCAAAGCAAUAACACCCUGGGGGUGGUCAGCGAGGCCCCCUCACGACUUAUGUGUUUGUUCUGUGAAAUCUCAGCUCGCCUCCUGGAGGGGUGGGGUGGGGUGGGGGCCGGAGCCCUGUUUCGUUGUUUCAUCUUGUGAGCUUGUGCCCCCACCCAAGGGGCUCUGACUGUUUGGUGUGGGAGCCGCUGUCUGUCCUCACCAAGGGCUGGGGCCUGGGGAGGGGGUGGCUGUUCUCUCCAUGUCCUUCGGGACCCUUCAAGCCUGGCCUGUCCCCUGCUGUCUGCUCCUUUACCAGCUCAUAGCUCCCCGUUGGGGGAGGAGCAGAGAAGGUGGAGUUGGGGGGCCACACUGGGGUCCCUCGGGGACAAGCCCCUCUGGGUUAAAGGGAGUCAUCUCUAGGUUCUUUCUCCAGAAUCUGCUUUUCCUGCUAAAAGGGAAGCACCUUUGAGACCACAAGUGAAGGUCAUUUCCAUGUUACAGACCAGGAGACCGAGGCCUGGGGUCACCUGUGAAUUCCAUGACACCCCCAGCCUGGCCGCCCCCCCCCCACCCUUGGCUGAGCUGGAGUCAGAACAGGACAAAAUAAGGCCACACUUUCUCAUUUCUCCCUGGAGCUUCCCAGAGGCCUGGAGGUAAAUUGUGGCCACCUGAGGGGAGGAGACUGAGGUCCAGAAUUAGAAAACGACUUGUCCAAGGCCCCUCAGCAAGUGGGGGGCCAAACCAGGGGCUUCAUGGUGUUUUGGCUCUUCCCGGGACGAGGCUCUGGGCCACGUCUGCCAUGAGGGGUAUUUGUGGCCCUUAACCCCUGACCCACCCAGUGCUGUUUGGUUCCAUUUGGGUGGACGGUAACUUUGCUAGCCUCGGGCUUGGGGACAGGGUUGCCAUCGGGACAGACAUCUUAGGGGCCUGACCCGACUGGCCAAGGUUGUGUAAAUUGGGGCCAGGCGUCAGUCUGGGUGGGAACUCCCAUCAGGCCUAACCCCUCCAGGACCAACUUGAGGCAGUUAAGAAGCACCAAGGGCUGUGUGGGAGUGGGGUGCAGCUGUAGAACCCCGCAUCUUAAGGAGAUCUUCGCAAAACCUUCAAAUGAUGUAAUCGCAUCUGAUCUUCCUGUAGUGUUUUCCAAGUUUUUGCUUUCAAAGUGCUUUCAUCUGGAUGUACCCUCCCAAGAACCCUGGGCAGGAGGUGGGGGGCGGGGGGGCCUGUGGGAUCAGCCCCGUUUUAAAGAGGAUGAAGCUGAGGGAGAGUUGGCAUCUGCUAAGUCCCCACCGGGAGGUAGGGGCUGAGUCUAGCACUCUGUUCUCUGACAGUUCAGGGGAUUCUUGUACAUGAGGGGGUGAAGCUGGUAGCUCCCCGGGGGUCCUGCGCUUUGCAGGCUGAUUUAGAACCGUGGCACCCCCAGUGUCCACAGCAGCACUGCACCCACUCCCGAGCACAGCAGUUGCAUCUGGCAAGGCCUCCUGCGUUUAUUUAUUGAGCAGCAGUGCUGUGCCAGGCCCUGAGGGCCGCGGCCUCCCCACGCCCCCCGUGACGGCUCCCACGCCCUCGGAAGGGCCCCGGUCUGUAUAGUAGCAUCUCAGAGUGGACAGAAGCUUUUGUGUCCAGGGGCUCCUAUGACUCACAAGCCUGGCGGGGAGGCCGACCACACUCGUUGGCUUCUGUGAGGGCUGAGGGGAGACCUGAACCCGCCGCCUCACCUCACAUCCGGAGCCUUUCCCUCUAGGACUGCUUCCCGGGGGGCCGGGGUGGGGGAGCAGGGCAGAGCCCGGGCCUGGGUGGGGGGAGCCUCUCCAUCCACCCACCUUUUCUUCAAGCCCUGGCUGGGAGCAGGAGUCGGGCCUUUGGGGAGGGGGGGUUUUGGGGGCCCCAGUUGGAAUGGGUGAGUCACGUUGCAUUGUGUUCACGACCAUG